AUGGAUCAAACAGGAUGCGAAGAUCUCAUCCAGGUGAAGAAGGAAUCAGGCGGGAUCGCCAUCAUCACAAUCAACCGUCCGAAAUCCCUCAAUUCGCUUACGAGAGCGAUGAUGGUGGAUCUCGCGCGGGCGUUCAAGGAGAUGGACGCCGAUGAAUCGGUACAGGUCGUGAUUUUCACCGGAGCGGGUCGAUCUUUCUGCUCCGGCGUUGAUUUGACUGCGGCGGAGUCGGUUUUCAAGGGAGACGUGAAGGAUCCGGAGACCGACCCGGUAAUUCAGAUGGAGCGGUUACGAAAACCGAUCAUCGGAGCAAUUAACGGUUUCGCCAUCACCGCCGGGUUCGAGCUCGCCUUGGCCUGUGAUAUUCUGGUCGCCUCCAGAGGGGCUAAGUUCAUGGAUACUCACGCCAGGUUUGGGAUAUUCCCUUCUUGGGGUCUGUCUCAGAAGCUGUCGAGGAUCAUCGGAGCAAACAAAGCUCGCGAAGUUUCUUUAACCUCGAUGCCAUUGACAGCUGACGUGGCUGGGAAGUUAGGGUUUGUAAACCAUGUGGUUGAAGAAGGAGAAGCCUUGAAGAAAGCUAUAGAAAUCGCAGAGGCUAUCAUCAAGAAUGAACAAGGCAUGGUUCUCCGGAUUAAAUCCGUCAUCAAUGAUGGACUCAAGCUUGAUCUUGGUCAUGCUCUCACACUCGAAAAGGAACGAGCUCACGCGUAUUACAGUGGGAUGACAAAGGAACAGUUUAAGAAGAUGCAGGUGUUUAUAGCUGGACGUGGAUCCAAGAAACCUUCUCCCAAGCUAUAG